GAAAAUUAACUUGCAUAAUUUGUUGUCAAAUUCAUUUGUCACCCCUUGCAAGAAUUAUAACAUCGCAGAAGUUCAAAAGUGAAGACUACAACCCUUCUAAUCAUUUUUAAUCAAUCGUUCUUGAUAUCCAAAAUAUGAAGUCUCUCACUACUUUCGUGACUACCGCUCACGGCGCAGUGAAUUACGUCAGUCGACUACUGUUCUCACCACCGGAUCGAAAAUUCUAUCUAUGCAGUUAUGUCAGUGACUGAAAGAAUUCCUGAGACACUGUGGAAUCCUGUUGAGAUAUUCCAAGAGCCCAGACAAAUUGAGUAUGCGGUUCUCAUCCUCAAUCGACCUAUUCCCAUCAGCAAACAUUUGAUGCUGCCUAUUUGGAAAGAAGCAAAAAUAAAAAUCACUGUUGACGGAGGAACGCAUAGAUGGCUCCAAUAUCUUGAUCCACUAGCCGAGGAGGUAUUAAAAGGAAAACAUCCGGAAUUAGUCCCAACAUUAAUAACUGGCGAUUUUGAUAGUGUUCUACCAGAAAGCCUCGAUAAAUUUAGAAAUCUGGGGGUUUCAGUAAUCGAGACUCCGGACCAGAACUAUACCGAUUUUUCCAAGGCACUUAUGCAACUUGCAGCAGCAUGUGAAAAUCGUAAUACUUCUAUCGACUCAGUAUACACCUUCCAUGACAAUGGAGGUAGAUUCGAUCACACAAUAGCAAAUAUUAAUACGCUCUACAUAAGUCACGAAUUGAUGGGCGACAAGCACGUCGACAGGAUAAUCCUGGUGUCUAGCAAUAGUUUAACGUGGCUGUUGAGAGCUGGAAGGCACAGGAUAAAAAUUCCAGCGGUUCUACAAGGAAAUAAUUCAUGGAUUGGUCUCAUUCCAUUCGGCUGCACUGCUAAUGUCUCAACAACAGGCCUCAAAUGGAAUCUAAGUAAUCAACCGUUAGCUUUCGGAAGGAUGGUCAGUACUUCCAAUACUUACGAUGGAUCUCCGGAGGUGACGGUCAACACCGACUCUGAUAUUAUUUGGACAAUGGGAAUUAAACUGUUGUUGGAAAUGACAAAUGGGUGCAUCUAGCAUUAAUUUCUCAUUUAGGAGUUCGAGAGGCGUUUGAGGGAUUAUGGCGGUCGGGAAUUUAUAUAAUUGUCGGAGUACUUAUUUUCAGGUAGACGGGUGUAGUGUUCUGAUGAAUAUUUUUGAAUUUCAGGAUGUUUCUCCAAAAUCACAAGCACUCCAAAAAAAUUAGGAUUUUCCUUCCACUAAAUGUAGACGUUAGCAUGAGUUUGUAUGGGGCUUAAAUAAGUGGAUUAUAAACCUGGAUACCUUGGAUUUUCCCUUGACUAUUGGAUUCAACACAUUUUUUCACAUUGCUCUCUAUUUUUUUUUUUUUUCGUUUUUGGAGUCUUCCUGUAGAUGAAUUAUCAAUUUGAAAGUGAAUCUCAUAAGACGCCGUGUAUAAGAAAAAAUUCAUUUGUUUAAUUUUGUCAAAGUUACUGUGACUAAUUUUUCUUAAUUAUUAGAAAUGUUAGUUAAAUAUGUUCCCUGAUAAUGAUAAAAAAUUACAGAAUUUUUCUCGAA